UUCUUUUGAUUGUCUAAGGAGGUUGUUUUAGAUACAAUUUAAUCGGUUUUGUUUUAAAAGUUUUUUUUAUUGCUUCUUUAGCAUAUUUUUCAAUGAAGCUUUUGUUUGCUAAUGUUAGAUAUUGAAUGCUAAUAAGUGAAUAUCCUCACUAGUUUGAUUUUCUGGAGAGAAAGUUUGGUUCUUUUUUGCUUUUAUACAAAUCCACACUGUCUAUGAAUCAUCUUGUUGCAUUCCCUUUAAUAUGUGGUUGUUUUAGAGUCAAUUUAAUCGGUUUGUUUAAACGUUUUGGUUUUCUACUUCUUCUUUAGCAUAGUUUUCAAUGAAGCUUGUGUUUAAUGUUUGGUUUCCUGGAGAAAUUUGGUUUUUUUUUCCUUAAAUCAAAUUGCACUGUCUAUAAAAUCUUCUCGACAGUUCUCAAAGUUUGUGUCUUUAGCCCUUAUCUUGACUCAUUCUCUUUUGUUUUUGGCACUGCUAAUCACUUUUCUGUAUUCAUUUUAAUGUGUUUGUACUAUAAAGGUGUUAGUUUCCAUUCCCUGCGAUGGUAGAUAAAGGUCAAGUCAUCAGCCUCUGUCGUUUCCUGCUUCGGGCAGGGCGUCAGUACCCUGACUACAACAUCAGGGAGUACGCUAAGCGAAGGACCUUGGAUGGGUUCCGCAUGAACAAGAAUCUCACUGAUCAUUCUAAGGUGGUGGAUGCUUAUGUUGAAGGUAAGAAGCAACUGGAGGUUGUAGAGAGGUUGGUGAAGGUUUACUUGGCAUAUCCUCCCAAGACCAAGAACAUCAUGGAACUCAAGCUUCAGUAGUGGAUAUGUAUGUUUGUCACUUUUAAUACACUCCCAAAGCUAUUUGUUAUUGUUAUUGGUCAUGUUUCUUAGUUCUUUCCCAACUAUGAGACAUUUGCUUUGUGUGAUUCUCAUGUAAUCUUUGUGGCAUCAGACCUUUAUUAAGUGAAGAGAAUAAUCUUGUAUUAGAGCGAAGAGAUAAAAAGUCUUUUUUGAUGAUUGUUCUUAAUAAUAAAAUCUAACACAGUUCUGCAGUUGUUUGCAUUGAAAUGUUCCCAGAUUUUCUGUAGUUUAUGUCUAUCUUUAACACUGAUGCUGUUAGGUUAUAAAUUUCUGGAUUCAAAUACAUUAUUGAUCUCUUGUCAGAAUUUUUGGGAGAAGAAUAUUAUGUAAAGAACAACAUCAAUAUUGUUGCUUGUGUUGGUUUUCCAUAAUAAGAACCGUUUUGAGUUUUAAGUAACAAGAUCACAGAAGAUCAAAACAAAA